AUGAAGUACAUACGUACAUUUAGACGAUUUCUUUGUACAACAAAUUUGCGCGUCUACCACCAGGUAAUUUGGACACGAUGUUUUCAUACAUCUCCGUUUUCAAUUACAACUCCCUGUACAAAUGUAGCAGAAUUCAUAAUGAAAGAUUUUGGACGAUUUUCUAACAAAACAGCAUUGAUAGAUGGAAAAACGGGUAAAAAUAUUUCAUAUAGUGAAUUGGAAAAUGACGUCAUAAGAUAUGCAGAUUUCUUCCGGAGGGUGGGUAUGAGAAGCGGUGACGUCGUGUGUAUAUGCGGAUCCAACACAAUAGAAUUCGCCCACGUGUUUCUGGCUGCAACCGGAAUUGGUGCCACAGUUACGAUAGCGAAUGGACAACUAACAUCACGUGAGUUAUUAGACCAGAUAACAAUUUCAAAAGCAAAGUUUGUAUUUGCCACUGACGAUACUUUUAGGAAAUGUCAGGAAGCACUACAAAUGACCAAUUAUAGCAAGAAUGUGUUCAGGAUCGACCAUGGGAAAUUAUCAACAAUGCUUUCUUAUUCAACCCAUGUGGAUUCGUCCGCUUUUCUUAAUUAUGACGUCAGUGAUGACGAUGUAGCAUUGGUGCCCUUUUCAAGUGGAACUACAGGGUUGCCCAAAGGUGUAGAACUUAGCCAUGGCAAUCUGACAGCUCAGCUGAGUCAGAUUAGACAUCCAUCUGUUUUACCCCUAACACCAGAAGAUGACAGGGUGAUCACAAUGCUGCCUAUGGUUCACAUCGCUGGACUUGUGAUCGGUUUAUUAAAUCCUCUGGCUCAAGGCGCUACAGUCGUCAUACUACCUAAGUUUGCACCAGAAGAUUUUCUUAAAGCCGUUGAGAAGUACAAGGGGACAUUUUCAUUACUUGCUCCUCCAGUGGUAAAUUUCCUCGCCACUGAUCCUAUGGUAGAUAAGUACGACUUGUCAAGUCUUCGAGACCCAUACAGCGGAGCCUCAACUUUGGGCAAAGAACUGACGGAGAAAAUGGUACAGCGAUUAAAAUUGGACGGCAUCAGGCAAGGAUAUGGGAUGUCCGAAACAAGCCCUGUCGUAAUGACUGACCCACCGGGAUACAAACAAUAUGGAUCUAUAGGACGCCCAAUUCCUGCAACCACAACAAAGCUUGUUGAUCCCAACUCGGGGAAUGACAUUACCAAACCAGGGGAACAUGGGGAAAUUUGGGUCAAAGGUCCACAGGUCAUGAAAGGUUACCUAGGUCAAUCUCAAUCUACACAGGAUGUUAUCACAAGUGAUGGUUGGUUCAAAACGGGUGAUAUUGGAUACUUUGACAAAGAUGGAAAUUACUUUGUUGUUGACAGGAUAAAAGAUGUCAUCAAAUACAAAGGCUAUCAGAUUGCCCCAGCCUAUCUUGAGAACAUUCUGAUGUCACAUCCCAGCGUGAGGGAAGCGGCGGUUAUUGGAGAGCCAGUGGGGGUUUAUGGGGAGGUCCCUAGGGCAUAUGUCAUUCCCUCCUCUCCCGUUUCUGAAGAAACCCUCAUCAACUAUGUGAACAAACAAGUUGCACCCUACAGGCGAUUAAGGGGUGGAGUGGUGUUUACUACAGAGAUUCCUAAAUCCCCCAGUGGAAAAAUACUCAGACGACUCAUACGACCCCAACAAACAUAAACAUGUACAAGUCUUCAGAAUCAGUCCAGCAUCUUU